GGUGCGCAGAUCUCGCGAGAAGUGUCUGCUGGAGGGACCGGAGGACGGGGCUGAGCUCAGUUUGGAGUCUGGUUACCGGUAGGAGAGGACGUGAUUACCGGGGGCAGAGGUGACUGCAGUGAGGGCAGCUACCCGGAGAAAGGGUCAGAGAGGAGGUGAGGUCACCUACAGAUACACAACGGGCUAUCCUGGGAGUUGUGACAACAACUGGACUGUCUUGCUGCAUUGCACUGGUGUGCUGUGAUGUUGUUGCAUUUGCAAGUUACUAUGGCAGUGACGGCCGGGAACGCCACCGCCUUCCCCAUGAGUAACCACACCCGGGAGAGGGUGACUGUGGCCAAGCUGACGCUGGAAACCUUCUACAGUAACCUGAUCCUUCAGCAUGAGGAGCGGGAAACCAGGCAAAAGAAGUUAGAGAUCGCCAUGAAUGAGGAAGGACUGGGAGACGACGAGAAGAGACUGCGGCGGUCACAGCAUGCAAGAAAGGAGACGGAAUUCCUGCGUCUAAAGAGGACCCGGCUGGGCUUGGAUGAUUUUGAGUCGCUGAAGGUCAUUGGCAGGGGAGCCUUUGGAGAGGUGCGUCUUGUUCAGAAGAAGGACACAGGGCACAUCUAUGCAAUGAAGAUUCUCAGGAAAGCAGACAUGUUGGAAAAGGAGCAGGUGGCACACAUCCGAGCCGAGCGAGAUAUAUUGGUGGAAGCGGAUGGGGCCUGGGUGGUGAAAAUGUUCUACAGCUUUCAGGACAAAAGGAACUUGUAUCUUAUAAUGGAGUUUUUACCUGGAGGUGACAUGAUGACGCUGCUCAUGAAGAAGGACACACUGUCUGAGGAGGAGACUCAGUUUUAUAUUGCAGAAACUGUCUUAGCCAUCGAUGCCAUUCACCAGCUGGGCUUUAUCCACCGAGACAUCAAACCAGACAACCUACUGCUGGAUGCUAAGGGUCACGUCAAGCUCUCAGAUUUUGGACUUUGCACAGGCCUGAAAAAAGCUCAUCGGACCGAAUUCUACAGGAACCUGAGCCACAAUCCACCCAGUGACUUCACAUUUCAGAAUAUGAACUCAAAGAGGAAGGCGGAAACCUGGAAGAAAAAUCGGAGGCAGCUGGCAUAUUCUACUGUUGGGACCCCAGACUACAUCGCCCCUGAGGUUUUCAUGCAGACGGGAUACAACAAGCUGUGUGACUGGUGGUCUCUGGGAGUCAUUAUGUAUGAGAUGCUGAUAGGAUAUCCUCCGUUCUGCUCAGAAACCCCCCAGGAGACCUAUAGGAAAGUGAUGACCUGGAAAGAGACGCUCGUGUUUCCUCCCGAGGUGCCAAUAUCUGAAAAGGCCAAAGACUUAAUUCUCAGGUUUUGCACGGACGCUGACAACAGAAUCGGUGCCAAUGGAGUGGAGGAAAUAAAAAGUCACCCGUUCUUUGAGUGUGUUGACUGGGGACACAUCAGGGAGAGACCUGCAGCCAUCACCAUUGAGAUAAAGAGCAUCGAUGACACGUCUAACUUUGAUGAUUUCCCAGAAUCUGAUAUUUUACAGCCAGUGCCAAACACCACAGAACCAGACUACAAAUCCAAGGACUGGGUCUUCCUCAACUACACUUACAAACGAUUCGAGGGUCUGACACAGCGCGGCUCUAUCCCAUCCUACAUGAAGUCCGGGAAGUUAUGAAUUUGUAUUGGCAGCUCCAGGGGAAAAUGAAAACUAAACUAAAAGAAACACAAACAAUUCUCAGGUAUCUGCAAAAUUGAUACAGAGGUGACCAGCACAAGGAAAAAUCCACACAGGACUGGUGUAGAUGCCAAGGAAAUUCUGCGGGUCUAGGAUUUCUUGCCUACUACAGCAGCACGUUGGCAGAGCCAGCUUGGGAGAUUUAAUUUGUCCUUUUUUUUUAUUUUAUUUUUAAUUUUCCUUUUGUAUUAAGGAAAGAGGAAGGGUCAUAAGUUAUGUUUUGAGGGUACUGGAAGGGGUGCUCGGGAACCCCAACCCCAUCGCUGUGCACUGGAGUGGGGGUCUUUUUAUUUUAUUUUUUAUUUCAUUUAAAAAUGUUUUAUAUAUUAUAAAUGCACCAUUCUCUGCACUGUGAGACCCCCAUAGCUGCACUCUGCUGCCAAUCACUGUCACACCGGCCAGUGGGAUCUGACGACGACCGUUCCAUGACGGGAUUGUAGGGGCUGUGUUUUGUUUUAAAGAGGCAGCUGCCCACCGAAGAGGGAAAGUCAUGAAUUUCAUUGUUACUUUUUUACAUUUUUAAUUUGUAUUGUUAUUUAUUCUGGGUGUCUGGUUUGUGUUUUUUAACCUUUUAAUUUCUUUUUACUAUCUGGGUCUGGAUAGUGGAAACUACAUCCCUCCUCCCCCUCUAUACUGCUGUCUGUUUGUUAAUAUACACUCCAUUUACUGAUCUUGUAUGUAAGAGAGAUAGAGGACGCAGUGUUUGGUAGUGGAUGAAAAGUGCGUGAAAAAUCAAUAAAAAAAUAAAAUAAUUAAUUAUAUUUUACACUUUACAUUUAAGUGUGACACUGAGUAGCUAUUGGCUUUUCUGUAACUUUCAUUUUGCAUUAAUGAUCUCUGCUUGCUGUCAGUGUAUCUCUCCCCUCGGUGAAGUAAGUGUAAAAGCUCACUGAUUGAUAAAUCCAAAGAAGACGAAAGAAAGAAGUGGUUCACUCACCAAUCCAUUGCUGUGCUCUUUAUUCAAUAAAGUAGUUACAUGGGCAACAUACGGUCAGAUGGAACGGCAGGGCAAGAGGUGUAACGGAGCCCCGUCCGAAGCGACGGCGCCGUUUCACGCCCCCUGGGCGUUUCUUCAGGCCCAGAAUUGAGCUCACUGAUUGAUGUUAUCUUGCAGCUGCUGUGUGGGAAG